UUCACUCGUGGCACAAGUCGAAGGCGUACCAAGAAGCUUCUUUUAACGCAAGCUUAUCGGCGUCGGGAAUGAGAUGGAAGCGCUGAUGGAGGAGACCUGCUCGGCCGCCGUCGCCCGUUGGUUCUCUGACGCGUUGCCCAGCGACGGGGACGCCAUCUCUCUCACUUCCUCUCCCGCCUCCAUCGUCCCAGUCGCGGCGUCUCCCAUGCCGCCUCGGCCGCUCGCCGACCACCCGGCCCUUCUCCGAGCCGGCAGUCCCCUGGGGAAGAGGAAGUCGCGCGCCUCGACGCGGAGGGCGUCGACGUUCAUCAGCGUCGACCCGGCCGACUUCCGCCGGAUGGUUCAGCAGGUGACCGGCUUCCGGCUCGACGCGGGCAGCGCAACCGGGCCGGUCCUUAGGCCGGAGCCAUUCCGGCCCGGCGGAGGGCAACUGUACCCGGCCUUGGUGCCCACGCUCGACAGUUCGGCCUUCGCCGUCGGGUGGACCGGGCUGGCCGAUCCGAAGGACAUGAACCGCUCUAGAGUUGAACCGGUGAUGGAUGAGUUCGAGCCGUUCACCGGUUUUCCGACGCUCGAGUCGUGGGGUUCCUUUUAGAAUGUUUUCUUUUUCUUUUUUUUGGGAAAAAAUCGUUUUUGUUUGGCUCUUUUGUUA